AGUGCAGAAUUUAUAAUUGGAAUUCGUGUUUGCUUUCGGAAAGCCAGGUUGAAGUCACCGGAGGAGGAAUAUAGCAAUAUUUUCCCAACUCAGUCUCUCAGGGUCAGCUCAGGCUAGGGCUUGCAAGAUGGGGCGAGGAAAAAUUGAGAUAAAGAGGAUUGAGAACAACACCAACCGGCAAGUCACAUUCUGCAAGCGGAGAAAUGGGCUGCUGAAGAAAGCUUACGAAUUGUCGGUCCUUUGCGAGGCAGAAGUUGCCCUCAUCGUCUUCUCUAGUCGAGGACGCGUCUAUGAGUAUGCUAACAACAACAUAAAAUCAACAAUAGAGAGAUACAAGAAGGCAGUUGCAGACAAUUCCAAUCCAUGCCCCACUCCAGAGAUUAAUGCUCAAUUUUAUCAACAAGAAUCAAAGAAGCUGCGCCAACAAAUUCAAAUGAUACAAAAUACUAACAGGAGUUUAAUGGGCGAAGGCCUGGACUGUUUAAACAUGAAGGAAUUGAAGCAGUUGGAGAAUAGACUUGAACGAGGAAUCACAAGAAUUAGGUCAAAAAAGCAUGAAAUGAUACUUGCAGAAACUGAAAAUUUGCAGAAAAGGGAAAUGGAACUAGAAAAUGAAAAUGCAUUCCUUCGAGCCAAGAUAGCAGAAACUGAGAGGAUUCAGGAACAAAACAUGGUGCCAGGAGAAGAAUACAAUGCCAUUCAAGCCUACUUUGCUCGCAAUGAUCUUGUGCUUCAACUUAACAUCAUGGAUGCUGAACAUCCACCACCACCACCAGCAGCAGCCUACCAACGAUUCGACAAGAAGUCUCUCCAUCUUGGGUAAAUCUUGUGAUGGCUUGUGAUGGUAUCAGUAUCUCUCUAUAAUACUUAAAUAAAAGACUGUACUUACCCUAGUAAUAUGUUGCAACCCUACUGAUAUGUUGCAAACUAUAGAACUUUCUUAAGGGAGUGAGAUAUUUAAACUGUGUAAGUUGUGCUUGUUACAUUAGUUGUUUUUAUUUAAAUAAGAAUAAUUUUUUAAUUUAUUUUUUUCAAA